GCGACAGUGAGUUGCUAUUUGCGACUGGUCGUUAAAGGGUAAUAGCAAUCCAUGUUGAGAAAUAACUAAGACAGAAAAUCAGCAUAUACGUCAUCAACAUGUUUAAAAAAUUUGAUGAGAAAGAACAUGUUUCGGGUAUGACACCCUUAAAGUCAUCUGUCCAGAAAGCUAUGAAGAAUAAAAUAAUCCAAAUGUAUCCCAAUAUAGAACCCUAUAUUACUCAGAUUAUGCCCAAGAAGGAGGGAUUAAAAGUUGUAAAAUGUCACGACCAUAUAGAAUUAUUUGCUGUUGGGAAUGAAUUAAUUUUUUUUAGACAGAGAGAAAGUCCUUACUACCCUUGCCUUAGGCUUCUACAUAAAUAUCCUAUGAUAUUACCUAAGCAGAGAGUCGACAGGGGAGCCAUACGGUUUAUUCUUAGUGGUGCAAAUAUCAUGUGUCCGGGGUUGACGUCGCCGGGAGCUACCCUAAUACCAGCAGAGCAAGACUCAGUGGUGGCGAUAAUGGCAGAAGGCAAAGAGCAUGCAUUGGCGAUUGGUGUGAUGAAAAUGUCAUCAACUGAUAUACAAACAAUUAACAAAGGGAUUGGUGUAGAGAAUGUUCACUACUUGAAUGACGGACUAUGGCAUGUGAAACUUUAGUGAAAAUUACUCCACCUCAAGAAUAUGCUAAAACAACGUCUACAAUACCUUGGAACACAGUAAACAAGCACUUCAUCCUCCGAACAUGGUAUUCUUGCAAAACAACAACUAUGCGGAGAGUUGUCUAACAGGGAUGACAUUACAUUUGCAUCAAUGUAUUGUAUAUACAUCAUGGAGAUGCAUUUUAAAAGUGUUUAAAUACUGUACGAUUUCAUUUAUUUAUUCGUUGGAUUGAAGAGUUUACAGGCAUGAUCCCCCCAAAAAUGUAUUGAUUGUCCAUGUCUAUGCUUGUUUUGAAGGACAAUGACCACCUCCCC